UGUUCCUGUGUAAAGUUAUAUUAAUUAGAGGAUGAAGUUCAAUGUUUUCUAAUUAAUGUGACAGUUAUUUUAAAGCAUUUAUGUUUUAGACCUUCACAUAGGCUCUUAUUCAUUGCUUAAUUUGUUAAAAAGUCAAUUAUUUGUAAGGGCACUUCAUUAAGAUAGCCUACUUGUCCAUACUUAACAACAGUUUUGAGACAUGUGAAGGUCUCCAUUCAUUUUCUUAAGUAUUUGGCAUGCUAUAACUAAAACAAUAUGCUGAUUAAUUCCUGGACAGCCAAACACAAACGUAAACAUAAACUUUACAAAAGUCCAUAUUUCGGACAAAAGUUCAUACUCAAUAAUGGAUGCGUCUAAGUCUCAAGAACAGAUGCAUCCAUUAUUGACUCUGUAUUGAGCUUCAAGUUUAAAUAGAAACUUUCUAUAUUCAAUCUUCUCAGUGAAAUGUUCCCAUGGAAUUUGGUGUCAGCCUCAAUUAAAUUUACAUUUACAUGUAUUCAUUUAGCAGACGCUUUUAUCCAAAGCGACUUACACCUGUCAGUUACAUUACAAGGGCCAUUGUCCCUGAAGCAACUUGGGGUUAAGUGCCUUGCUCAAGGGCACAAUUGAACCCACAACACAUGCUACUGAAUGCUAGCCCAGCUCUUUAACCACUAUGCUACCACCACCCAUUCUGCGCUUUCACCGCCCAUUACAUACCCUGAAGAGCUAAAUGCAGUCACCUUGUGUUGAUAAUGUCAACUAUGACACCACUGAUGACAACAACCCAAUCAAGAAUCCAGUAAACCUGCAGUUAAGGAGACCUUGGCUACUUUUGAGCCAAUGGUCUUGCCAGGUGUAUGGUAGUGCUUGGUUAUCCAUGUCCAGGUGUGAUCAGCACUGUCUGAUACACAAUGCAGCAAUGUUUUAUUGGUCACUGUUAUUUCAGCCCCAAGAUCAAAUAGAGGUCGGGGAAGACGGCUUUAGGCAAUGGGAUGUCAUCGAAGCCUUGGAUAUGGAGGCAAUGGUUAACACGGUGAAAGGCUGGCUGGAGAAUCCGGUGAAAUUUGCCCGCUCCCACGGUGUGACAGUGUCACCUUUAUCUGAGGACCCGGAGAGGGACACGCACAUUCUCCUCGUCGAGGGAUUCCUAAUCUACAACUACAAGCCCUUGGCUGAGAUCUACGACAAGUGCUACUACAUUUCCAUUCCGUACGAGGAGUGCAAGAGGAGAAGAAGCUCAAGGACGUACACAGUCCCUGACCCACCUGGCCUGUUUGACGGCCAUGUCUGGCCCAUGUACUUGAAACACAGGAAGGAGAUGGACAACAACUGCAAUGCUAUUGUAUAUCUGGAUGGCUUGAAAUCGAAAGAUGAGAUCUACAGCCAGGUGUUUGGAAAUAUUCAGAACACCUUGUUGAAUAGCUAAUAGUGGGACCAUGGGCCGAAAAUGUUGUGUAUAGAAUUGUAAAUAUCAUACUUCAGUUAACAAAACAUAACUUCUAAAUCCAAUUAAACCUCCUUGUAUAUACUACAAUGAAAGAUAACUUAUUCACUAUAACUAAAGACAGAAGCUAGGGAUUUUGUAUUGUUACGUAUUGUGAACUUUUUUUAACUGACUUACCUCUGCCGCUGUACUGGAGCUGGCAUGAAGGCUGACUUUUUUUGUUUUCACAUAAACAUAAACGUAAACCUUUGCUUGGAGGAUUGUUGUCCCCACCCAAAGAGACGUUUGAAUCGA